AAUUUCUAAUUUAAUACAUAAUAAAAUAAAUUAUAUUAAUUUAUCUCAAAUUGUUCCAUAAAAUUUAGUGUAACAGAAUUUCAAUAUGUGGCCGUGAAAUUCAGAGCGAUAUUCACCUCAAUCUUUUUGCAUUUGUGAUCGCUUUUGGAGGACGAUAUAGGAUUUCAGUUAUAAUCUAAACAUGAACGAGCUGAAGUCGCUUGAGCACGCUACUUUGAAGGUUCCAUAUGAGGUGUUCAACAAACGCUACCGUAACGCUCAACGCGUCCUCGACGUAGAAGCGAGGCAGGUGGGCAGCGCUGGUUGCGAGCUUGAAGGCGCCACCAAGAAACAGGCAACUACUGGAGAAAUAGAUACAUUGCUAGGUGGAAUGGUGGAGAAACUAACGACAAUGAAGCGAAAGGCUUCUGAGGCUAUCAAUGAGGAACUGCAGGCGGCCAUGGUAUGCAAGAAACGUCUGGAACAUUUGAAGGAACAAGCGCACGCCAUCACUGAACCCAGCACUCCUCAAGUUAGAACUUCCUUGAACCAGUGGCGUAAAGUGCGCCUGGAUCGAAUGCUCGUGGACUAUUUCCUAAGGAAUGGGUACUACGAUUCGGCAAAUAAGCUGGCAGACGCUAGGUCCUUGAGGGACCUCACCAAUGUUGAUAUAUAUGCAGCUGCAGCGGAAGUGGAAGCAGAAUUACAACAGCAGCGCACCGCACGCUGCCUGCAGUGGUGUGCCGACAAUAAGUCCAAAUUGAGGAAACUCGGUUCAAAUAUGGAGUUCAAGAUACGGAUACAGGAGUUCAUUGAGUUGGUCCGAGAAGAGAAACGUCUGGAGGCUGUCCGCUACGCAAAGAAACACUUCUCCACUUAUGAAGAGGGACAACUGCAGGACAUACAGCACUGCAUGGGCAUGCUCGCCUUCCCUAAGGAUACAGAGGUGGAGCCGUACCGGUCGUUGCUGUCGGGACGUCGCUGGGAGGCUUUAGUGCGUCAGUUCCGGUGGGAGCACGCGCGCCUACUGCACCCGCAGCGACUGCCGGCAUUGCCUGUAGCUCUGCAGCUCGGCCUCGCCGCACUCAACACGCCGCAAUGUUACAAUGAGGCCACCAAGGUGUCGGCGUGUCCGGCGUGCCAGCCUCCUCUGGACGCGCUGGCGCGGGAGCUGCCGCACGCGCACUGCAGCCACUCGCGGCUCGUGUGCCGCAUCACCGGCCUGCCGCUCAACGAGCACAACCAGCCCAUGGUGUUGCCCAACGGACAGGUCUACGGAGAGAAGGCUAUAAAAGAAAUGGUGAAACUAGGAUCCAUUGUCUGUCCGAAAACGAAAGAAGUAUUCUCAAUGAAGAGUAUCGAGAAAGUAUAUGUUAUGUAAAUCAUAUUUGUAUAUAAAUUCGUUUAUUGUAGUUACUAAGUCACCAACUAUUGUUCCAGUUAUGAAACGACAUAUUUUUGAUGUAAUUCUUUAUAUAAUUUUCAUUCCGUGAUCAUUGAUAGCGUAAUGUGAUAAAAAAGAACAAAAAUAUUGCGUGCAUUGGAACGCGUAUUAAAGAAAAUCAGUAAACGAACAUGUCUUGUGAAUGUUGUAUUGUAAUUAUGAUAUUAAAACUUGUAUUGAAAGUGCUUAGAAGUGUUUGAUUAAUGUUCUAAAGUUUAAAAUCAAUUGUGUUUUGUUCUGUUGCUUUGGAAUCUCGUAAACUUACAUUUAUUACUUACUUUUUCAAAGUGUUACAAUAGUGCCAUUCUUUUCACAAAUCGAUUUGUAAUGCACCGCCCACAUGAAUCUCUGUUUGUCCUGACUUUGGUUGACUGAGAGAAAAUGCCUCUAGGUGGACUUAACGUCCGCCAUGUGCACCUUUAUUUGUGUAUUUGUGCAUUAAAGUUUUUAAAAAUAGAUUUAUUUGGUAUCAAAAGGCACUUUUACAGAUUCUAUCAGCAGCUAUUUGUAUUAUAGAUUCUAUUAAAAAUU